UCUCAGUGUGUUUGGGGUGCUGUAACAAAAUACCAUAGACUUGGUGGUCUAGAAACAACAGACGUUGGAGUUUAUCCCAGUACUGGAGGCUGGGAAUCUAAGAAGAAAGGGACCACCAAGUACCAAAUAAUCUCACUAUCCAGAGAGAAUUGCAGAAUUUAAUAAGCCUUUUAAAAUGGAGAUACAAUUUAAAAAAAUCCGAGGUGUUUUGUAUCUUCAAAGGCACAUGUGUGGGUGUCUUCGUUGUAUAUGGAAAUGUAUGGUGAUUAUAGUUAAUGGAUAAUAGUAGUGUUUUCAGUCAUAGUUCUGACUGAUUCUUUUGUACCGAAUUCUGAACUUUAGUGACAUAACUACUUGAAACGCUCAUUUAAUUUACCCUUAACUUUGCGGGUUUGCCAUCCAGAUGUAUCACAGGAUCCGACAUUCCGAGUGCAUUUACCGGGUGACGAUGGAGAAGCUGUCCUACCACAGCAUCUGUACCGCGGAAGAGUGGCAAGGCCUCAUGCACUUUAACCUCCCGGUGCGCCUCUGCAAGGAGAUCGAAUUAUUCCACUUUGACAUUGGUCCUUUUGAAAACAUGUGGCCUGGGAUUUUUGUCUACAUGGUCCAUCGGUCCUGUGGGACAUCCUGCUUCGAGCUCGAAAAGUUGUGUCGUUUCAUCAUGUCCGUGAAGAAGAACUACCGGAGGGUUCCUUACCACAACUGGAAACACGCGGUCACCGUGGCGCACUGCAUGUAUGCCAUACUCCAGAACAACCAUGGGCUUUUCACCGACCUGGAGCGCAAAGGGCUGCUAAUUGCGUGUCUGUGUCACGACCUGGACCACAGGGGCUUCAGUAACAGCUACCUGCAGAAAUUUGAUCACCCCCUGGCCGCCCUCUACUCUACGUCCACCAUGGAACAGCACCACUUCUCCCAGACGGUGUCCAUCCUGCAGCUGGAAGGGCACAAUAUCUUCUCCACCCUCAGCUCCAGUGAAUACGAACAGGUGCUUGAGAUCAUCCGUAAAGCCAUCAUUGCCACAGACCUGGCUUUGUACUUUGGAAACAGGAAGCAGCUGGAGGAGAUGUACCAGACCGGAUCACUAAACCUUAAUAAUCAAUCACAUAGAGACCGUGUCAUUGGUUUGAUGAUGACUGCCUGUGAUCUUUGUUCCGUAACAAAACUGUGGCCGGUUACAAAACUGACAGCAAAUGAUAUAUAUGCAGAAUUCUGGGCUGAGGGUGACGAGAUGAAGAAGCUGGGAAUACAGCCCAUCCCCAUGAUGGACAGAGACAAGAAGGACGAGGUCCCACAGGGCCAGCUGGGCUUCUACAACGCCGUGGCCAUCCCCUGCUAUACGACCCUCACCCAGAUCUUCCCGCCCACGGAGCCUCUCCUGCAGGCGUGCAGGAAUAACCUGAGCCAGUGGGAGAAGGUCAUCCGAGGGGAGGAGAGUGCCGUGUGGGUCUCGUCCCAGCCGGGGGCCCACGAGCCAUCCGAGAAGCUGCCAGUGAAGAUGGGGGACUGACCGCUACGUGACCAGCUGUCCCACCUGAAGACGCCCGUCCUGCUUCUUUGACUUUUCUUCCUUUUAUUUUUGGGGGGGGAAACCUACACCUGGUAACUGGGCUGCAGACCUCUUCGACAAGGUGACAUCGGGAAACACGGCAAGCGGAUGACUCCCCGCCAGUCUCGUCUGUAACGCAUCGUAGACGGUGACCAACCAGGACCACCCCGGGGCCAGAUCGGCUGUCCACGUGACCCCGUUUGACCUGUGAACUGGCCUUUUCUAAUAGGCGCAUAUUGCUGAGGCCUUAAUGGGAUAGGACAACAAUCAUUCAGAAGGGGGUACUUUUCCAUUGUAUCUUUCUAGUGAGGGGUUAAAAUGGUACUACUCUGAUAUUGUACUUUGGCUCUAACACCAAUGUUGCUUUGACGUUGUUGGUUCUAAAUAGGAAUUUUUACACAUUACUGUUGUGAAUGUUUGUGUGUGACCUACUUGUAAUUAGCGUGAAGUGUAGCAGACGGCCUCAGGACAAGCGUCAUUGAGGGGACAGCGUAAGAAGUGUCUUUCUGCAAUCAGCGAUGGACGGUAGUCAGACUCCUGUUUCAGAGCCUCGUGAAUUAAAAGUUAGGUGGACGAAAGUGUGUUCUUUAGGUUUAUACUGAAGGGCUUAGAUGAAUAGGUCGAACACUGAAUGAGGUGGACUUUCUGUCCUGAGAAAAGAGGCAAGUAUACACCAUAACAAAUCUCCGAACCACAAGUAUCCACCAAAAAACGGCAAAGAAUAUUUUUUAGUUGGUGUUGUUUUUUUUUUCCCAUCAUUGUAGGCAAAUUUUCUAAACCCUUUGCAUAAAGAACAAAACAAAAGCCAAGCGUAUGAGUCUUUCUUAACAGACAGGUCUUAGGGGAUGUAAAAUGUGAAUUUUAAUAAUGAUUUCUUUAUAUUUUCACUUGGUGUCAUUGCAAAAUUUGAGACUCACACUCAAAAUGAGAGGUUUCUUCUACGAAUUCUUUCAUUAAAAUACCAUACGUUUCUCUUAAAAUCACAUUAAACCGUGAAAUUUAAGUCGUGUGUAAUUUUUACUUUGAUCUGCCGUGCCCGCUUCCCGCUCAUCCCCUUUUGUGCUCCUCAGUCGCACUCCCCACGCUCUCCGUCUGUGACCGGGAAGUGGAACCCAGUGCGGAUACUUCGGGGCUAACUUCUGUCCUCUUUCCUCUGCUCGAGGUCAAGGAUCUACACCGCAACCUGUGAUUUGGAGAGUUUCUUCUGUAUAAUUUUGGGUAGACUCUUAUUACUGUACAACGUAAACGUUUUGAAGAAUACACAAGAGUCUGGACCCCUUCGUACAAGGAUUACAAGCCAGUCGCUUCUGGUGCCCGUUCAUGCUGUUGAUUUUCAGCACCACGGCAAGGUCACCUCCAAAGCUGUGGUUAGUCCCGACCCCGAAGGAAUUCGAGUCUCAAGAAGUGAUGGGCUGAUUCAUAACAAAUAGCUUAGCUACUGUUCCUGUGGCAGGAGACUGGCAUAUUACUUUCAAUAAAAUCAAUUUUGGAAAUACUCUCUUACAUAUUCAGUGAUGUACACAUUAUUAUCCAUAUGGUUUUUGCCAAAAAGAUUAAAUGUUUCUACAACACGAUUUAUGUUGUAGAAGAGUUAGCUACAUGUAAACGUUCUUAUUUUAGAAUUAACACUAUGUGUUCAGUUUCCCUGUGGGCUUUUGAAAGUUGCCAUCUUCCCUACGUGGGGCUCCAUUUGCUGUUACGCAAUACGAGGUAAAAUGAAAUACCACUGUAACUAGACACACGCACGCACGCAGAUAUACACACAUGUAUGAAAGGACAUAUGUAUAAGGGAGACAGAUGCAAGACAUCAAUAAAAAGUAAGAGCCCCUUUCUUCAAAAACUGACGCGUGUUGGAAAAUGUAUAUUGUUUGAUAAAGAGCGGACUAGAAAACAUCCCUUUUCACGUUAGUGCGUUUACAGGAUUGGAUUCUAAAAUGUUGCAUGUUUUUCCACACCCGCAUGUAUGAAACUGGACCCACCAAAUCGAACCUCACUCGCGAGAAUUAGUACAGGCAUCUAAUUUAACUCGACGACUGAAAUGCAAGGGACCAGGGGAGGAAAUAUCAUUUAAGAUGGGUUUAAUUAACAGGAUCUUAAAAGAAUGCGUGAAUUGGGCUUUUUGAUACAGAAAACAGUCAUGAGGGGGAGGAAUCCUAUGGCUAUCUUUCCAUUUUAAGAGUGCCGUUCGAAGAUUAUUAGAGAAAGGUCUCGUAUUUUGGCAUAGCCAGGUGUAUUAUGUCAGGUGAUGUGUUCUUUGAACAACUUUCCGAAGAAAUGUACGUGGAUUUAUUGAUUGGCUGAUUUCUCCUAAGGUAUCCUCAUGAUCAAAGCGAAGUUUGAACAAAGGACUACGUUCUAACGUAAACUAUGAAUAUUCCUUAGUACUACUUCGGAAUCAUAGAUUGACCUAAACUGGGCCCAAGAUGCAGUGGUAUUUAGUCAGUAAUCUGCUUUGGAAACAAUGCAGUUAGGAGUAUUUUUAUAUUUUGGCAGACAAACUUUUGAGUUCUGUCCUCAUCUUUCUCCCAGAUCUUUUCUUCAAAGGGCAGAUGGCUUUAAUUACCAGAAAUUUUGACAAGUUUCUCAUUAAGGUGGUAUUUCAUGUUGGGCCAAAAUUUCCCUCCGCAUAAAUUUGGUAACCAGCUGUGAGUAUGUGUAGCUUGUUCGAUUUGUGGAAAUUGUUAGUGGUUGUGCUGAUGGAUAAUAGACACAGCUUUGUUGUCAAAUGCAAUUCGUACAUCAUCUUCCCCAGAGAUACUGACUGUAUUUUUUAACUAGAAAUUUUCUUGGAAAUGCCUGCCAGCAACAUGAAAUAUCGAACUUAGGCACUGGAAUAAAAUUCUAAAAAUCCCAAGCGUCUUAUUAAUUAAUAGCUGACUUUGGUUUAAUUCAUUAGAAAAACUUAAACAAAUAUAAAUGGAUGUGGAAAGUCAGUCUCAAAAGUGGCCCUUUUAUGGGCCGGAUUGAGAUCCACAUCCCAGCCCUCAUCACUCUGUGAGGCUCGUCAGAGUCAUGGAGGAGAGACGAAGCUGAAUUUCUCAGCACAGCCGUCCUCAUUCUGGACGCUUCCCUCCGUGGGAAGGCGUCUGUGCAAAUGAUACGGUGCCGCUCGAGGUGACGUGUUCUCACGGUGACGACGACAGAACUACUUGGAAACUGGAUUUAUUCAGCGUAGGUUUCCUCUUUUGAGCAUGCUUUUUAGAUAGCUUUAGAUUCUUUUUUUUUCCUUUUCCACAGUUAAUCUCAGUGAAUUUUGCUUUAUUGGUAUGAUUGGGCACUCUAGAUAUGUUUGUACGUGAUACACAUAGAUGCAUAAAAUCCUUAGCUACCUGGAUUUUGUAAUAGAUUUAGUUUGACUAUUACGUUUCUGGUCUUUUAACUCAAAAUUAAGGUUUGAGCUUUAAUAGGACUAAAUUCUUCACCAUGCCUGGGCCUGUGCCUUUAUUUUAAACUCUGUGAUUUUACGUCUUUAUUCAUAGAGUUAUUGUUUUCUUCUUCUUGCUUAAUUAUAAGUAAAAACAUUUAAAGGGACACAUCUAUAGUUCAUUUGAUCAAAUUGAAUGAAUAGGAAGGACCGUUCUCUCCUCAGAUUUCUGUCCUUUAUUUGAUGUCCUUCGCACACACCCUCAUGGCUGUAACCAAUGAACCGUUCAGAUGCAGGCUUUUUUGCAAGUGUUUCCAAGAACUGCGACACGAUUACGGUGUGAUUUCGUUGGGCUUCAGGUACAUAUGCAUGACUUGGAUUUUGAAGAUCACUUCUGUAUCUGUUUCGGACCUGUGUUUGCUUUCUGCACUGCGCUGGUUUUAUUUGGGGCUUAAUUCUUGAAAGACUCCUUCCUUCGGUCGCACUAGUGUGACCCUUUUGGCUGCAAGUUAUCAGCCUGGCUUUAAAAACCUCUGUGAGCUGUAAAUUACCCGUUCUCGACAGCCCCCCUUCCCCAGCAGUGCGUGGCUGUUCCGUUUUGCCUUCGCUUAAGUAUUUACCCUGAGACGCAUUCUGCCGAUUUCUUUCACCACUUCAUCUUAAGUUCGAAUUAGUGAUUCCCCCAGGCAGUGCUUCACACUUUGUGUGUUUUGUCCUUUUUUUUUGUACUGGAUAUUUCGGUUAUCUGAAGCAUUCGAUGCAUUUCCAUGACGGUAAAAAAAAAAAAAAAAAAAAAUAGCAGAAAAGAGAGAAAAACGUUUCAUUUGUGUUCUGGUUCUAAAGUAAAGGGGUGGGACAAAGAGAAGGACGUGAAUGUUCCCGAAGAAACAAUAUUCGAAAUUCAAAGAAGCACCACUCCCUUCGCUCGCCUGUCAAGUUUCCGCCCCCCUCGGCCCCUCGGUGGACCACGGGGCUGUCUACCCAGCGUGCGGUGUGACCGACCUUCACAGCGAGGGUCAGGAAAACGGGCACUGAACGCGGGCUAGACCCGAGCGUGCCUCUCCCGGGGCGUCGAUGAGUGUCACCCGAGGACCCGGACCCCAAGUUAGAGCCCAGUCCGCCGUGGCGAGUAGAGACGUCAGUUGGCUGGUGGGGGGGGGGGUGCCAGCUGAGGGUUUUGAGGUAUAGCUGCAGAAGUUUAAACGGCCCGUUUUCAUUCCUACUACAAGUUAAGGUUGAAAAGCGCCCCAGCUGGUACUCCGGCCCACCUGAAAGAUGACUAGACCCUGGGCGUUGCGACUUGUGGGUGUUUUCUUUAGCCACUUGAACGAUAAGCCAGUCCCGUGCCGUAUCUCACACAGCCUGAGUAAAAGCCAGAUCGGCAGGAUUGUUUCCCAUAUGAUCUGUCUGUGGUGUCUGUUCUGCGUAUCCAUUUCGUGUGCGCGUGGAAAGGACAAUAGACUUCUUUGUAGGAGGAAUGUCUAUACGAUGCCUCCACCGCCUCGCCGGACCCGACCCAGUGACCCGUGUGAAAUAACGUGCUCGCCCAAAACACUGUGAAAGUUACCCAAACUUCAUGGAAAUGCAGCCUCUUGAAACUUUCUGAAGAGGUGGCUUUCUCUGUAGGUCCGUACGAAUAGAAGAGAUCCUAUCUCCCUCCCUAGUCAAGGUACCGAAGAAUUUGCUGGCAGUAAUCUUGCUGAGCCCACACCGCUAGGGUGUAAGAUGGGCUACGAGCCAUCAGAAACAGGGCGCGCUCGAAAAACAGAUUUGUGGGGGUGAUGGGUCUGCAUCCAAAGUUUUAAUGGGCUCUCUUUUGGAAGGAGAAGGAGUUUCCGGCUUCAUGGUAGUUGAUGAGUUGGCAGAUUUCAAACCAAUUAUUUUGUAUGGAUGACACAUUAAAGAUCUUUGUAAAAUGCGCAAGGGCAAUAAUUUAAAGAGGUCUUACCUUGGCAUUUAUAAAUUAUAAAUAUUGUACAUGUGUGUAAUUUUUUUCACGUUUUCAUUUGCAGUCUUUGUACCUAAAAGAAACCUUUACUGUUAUGUUUGUAUAAUAGAACAGUCAUCAUUUAUUAUAACCGAGGCCAGUUGUAAAUAAACUCAUAAUGCAGACUGCCGGUAUAUAUGCACAUAUGGGUGUUACACUGAAAAAUGUAGCUUUGUUUUACUCACAUGCUUAGAGCAGCAAGAAACCUUUUGUCGAUAUGUAACUAUACAUACAAAGUAUAUAUAUAUGUAUGAUACAUGAAAUAUAUGUAGAGCUGUUCAUAAUUUUAAUGGAUAUCCUUUGGUGUGAAUAAUUGAAUACAGAGUUUUUAAAGUA